AUGACAAAAUGGGAAGUUUUGAAUGUCAAAGACAAUCUUGAUGGAAGUGACAAGAGUGCUCCCUCUGAGGAAAAUCGAGAAAAUAACGAAAGAGAUCGGCGGCGUCUUCAGACACGUGCCUUGACGGCAUUUGUGGCCGACUUGAACUAUCGUGACGCUGCUAUACAGGCUGAAAAAGAGAAAAGCGAUCAAGUUACGAGCUUUUAUCAAGUCCAAGGGGCGUUUUUUGCUGCUCCAUCAUCAACCGGAAGAGCUAAAUGUCGCAUUUGUGAUGAACCUAUAGCAAAAGAAACCAUCCGAGUGACGCACCAUGAUCUCUACAAAUUCUACAACCAAGGAUGUGGAGGGAGUUGGGAUGUACGUCAAACCCAGAAGCAUUAUCAUGCAUCAUGCUUUGUAGAUUCGUGUCAUCCCAGUGACCAGAAAUUUAAGGAUGGGACAGAUGUGACUCUUGAGAAUGUAAGCACGGACUUUUUGGUGGCACUUGAAAAGGUGAUAGUAAGCAAGAAGGAUCUCUAUGAAAAAGACAAAGACUACCAAAAACUGUUCAGAGGACCUACUACUUUGAGCUACCCUUCCAACAUGUUAACUUUUGGGCGUGUGAAUCCUCAGGUUACCGCAUCUGUAUCGUAUACUAAUCCUGCUUCGACGGAGUUGGCUGAGUAUGAUUACGUUGUGCAAACUGGAUACACGUCGGGACCGGAGCAACAAUGUUGGGUUCCUUUUCUUUCCACACUUGGCUUGUUGAUAGUGCCGCAUGAAUAG